AUGGGAAAUGCGUCAAGCGGUCGUGCCACCACGACUUUUUUUAUUGUAUCCGUAAAUUCUCCGGUUAAACUGGUUUUUCCUAAACGCAGUUUAUCAUUUACCUCUUACAUCUCCAUGAUCAUGGGUGGAUGUAGCUUUCCUGACUGUCAUAACAGCAGUGAAAAGGGUUUUAAAAUGCUGAGGUUUUCUCAUUUAGUUGAGAUGAGAAGUAAAUGGACAACUGCUUGUAAAAUUUCAAAACCCAUUACUGAGAAUUCUCACAUUUUAAUUCCAUCUCCCGGUAAACUUUUUGAUGUUUUUGAAACUGAUGAUGAUAAUGAUGAUCAUUAUUCAGUUAAGAGCAAGAGACAUAAAUCUGGAGUGUCCGGAUCGAUCGUAGCAAAUGUAAUUAAAAAAUAUUCAAAUUAA